AUGGAUAUGGAUGGGCAAAGCUGCAGUCAUCGCAGGGGAAAGAAGCGCGCGCGGGGGGAGAGAGUGUUUUCUUAUUUAAUCCAGGUUGAACAAGAAGGUCAGCCUUGCCACUCUCUCCUCUCCUCCUCGCAGACCAGGCUGAAGGCGACAACAAAAACCGCCGCCAGGCGACAGGCAAGCUCUCAACGAAUCGAGCUCUGCAUGCGGAGAAUCCUCAAGCGCGGUGGAGUCGAGCCGAGGGAUGCUGGACAGCUAGGAUUGCCGUCGGUACAACAUACUGCAGAGCAUCAUGUCUCGAGAGACAUCGAAAGGCAUCGAGGCGGCGUUGGUUGGUGGUGA